AUCCACACGGCCAACCACCCUAUGGUGGACCACCUCCUCCUGGUGGAUUUACUUACGUCCCGACUCCAGUAAUGAUGCCAGUGUACCAACCACCUCCACCACCACCCCCGCCAGAACCAGUCCCACCACCAACCGUCGUCACCAACUACAUCUACCACCAGCCACCUCCACCACCACAACCUACACCAGUCACCAUUGUUGAAGAUACAAUUGAAUGGGUACCCAGUACAGGACCUGAAGUGGGUAUACUGAGGCACAGAGCUUUCGUAGCAGGCAGAGAAGGUUGGGAUGGUAGCCCUCUUUGUGUGAUUAGGGCACACCAUAGUGGAGAGUUCGUCCCAGGAAAGCUGGCCAUCAAACACCAGGUCGCCUACAUCCCACAUGCAGGUCGAGAAGUUCCUGUCCACAACUUUGAAGUGCUGUGUGCUUCAUCUCACGCUGUCCGCUGGUUGCCCAGCAGCAACGGCCAGGUCCCAGUAGGAGCUAUUCCCGCUGGCAACACCCACAGCGGCGAACCUCUGUACAUUGGACGUGUUACACACAUGGGAUCUAUCACACCCGGCAAAGUGCACCCUAGUCAUGGAUGUUGCUACAUUUCGUUCAACGGCGGUGAAGUUGCACACAAAUCUUACGACGUACUCUGCAGAAUUGUCGGUUGA